AUGGUCCCGCCAAGUGUCUCCUGUAGAGCCUGCAGUUCCGUCUGCAGCCUACAAAUACAAACCCUUGUUCGCGACAGGAUUUCCCAUUGCAGUGCCAGCACUCUCUUCUUCGCCUUCGCGCGCAUCCAGCCCUCCUUUGCGCCGGCCUCUUGGAAAUAUGCCCUAAACAACACACCCCGCCGGUCCUUCCACUCGACUCCCCGCCGGUUAUCCGAUCCCUCGCCGUCUGCGCCUCGGAUCUCAUAUCGGGUUGCCGUUUCCUCGUCGGGUAAAGGGCGCCGCUUCCACCCGCUCCAAAACGCAUAUAAUUUCGAUCCGGCCGUUUCGGACGUUAUCGGUGUUUCGAAGGACAAGAACCCGACUACCCGCCGGCGCAACCGCCCUGACAGCGGCGAGGAUGCCUUCUUUGUGAGCUGUAUCGGCACCCAGGUUUCAGGCCACCCAGACGCGGGCGGUGCAGACGCUGUUGCGUUUGCGGUUGCUGACGGUGUUGGCGGCUGGACGGAGUCCCGCGUCGAUCCGGCGGACUUUUCGCAUGGUCUGUGUGGCUAUAUGGCCCAGUCGGCUCUGGCCUGGGACUCGCCUGCGGAUAAGCUACGGCCCAAGCAGCUGCUGCAGGCAGGUUAUGACCAGGUCGUGGAUGACCCGGCCAUUAAGGCGGGUGGCAGUACCGCCUCUGUCGGUGUUGCGCUACCAGAUGGCCGGGUCGAGCUAGCAAACCUGGGCGACUCGGGCUCGGUGCUGCUCCGUCUCGCCGCCGUGCAUCAUUACUCUGUCCCACAGACGCACGGUUUCAACACGCCGUACCAACUCAGCGUUAUCCCCCCACGCAUGCGCGCCCAGGCGUCCGUCUUCGGGGGCGCCUUCCUCGAAGACUUCCCCAAGGACGCCGCCGUCACAAACCUCCAGAUGCAGCACGGCGAUGUAUUAAUGCUCGCUACAGACGGUGUUUUUGACAAUUUGAAUAACCAGGACAUCCUGAAGAUCGUCACAAGCCGGAUGAUCCUGACCGGCGCGUGGACAACCACGGAAGACGACGGCGUCGGUAUCGCGGAUAGUCUCGCCGAGCUCACAGACCCGGCCACAUCCCAACCUAAGGAAAAAGAAAACGCAGCUCUCGGAUCCACCCUCACCCUCCAAUCCCUCCUUGCCGCAUCCAUCGCAGGGGAGGCCAAGGUUGCCAGCGUCGACUUCCGCCGUGACGGCCCCUUUGCUAAGGAGGCCCAGCGUUAUUAUCCGGGCGACUACUAUCGCGGCGGCAAGGUCGACGACAUCUGCGCCCUGGUCAUUGUGGCCGUGGACGAAAGCCUUGCCGCUGGCAACAGCGCUUAG